AUGACAUCCAAUCGAAUUUCCAUCUACUGUGGUUUGUUGUCGCUUCGAGCCACCGGCCUCAAGGCUUUGGACUUGGUGACGUUGCGCGAACUCGCCAAGCGGGUCAAUGUGAUACCUGUGAUAGCGAAGUCGGAUACGACAUGCAAGGAUGAGCUGAUCCGCUUCAAAAACAAGAUCAUGAGCGAGCUGCGCAGUCACAAAAUUGAAAUCUAUCAGUUUCCGACAGACGACGAAACUGUAGCCCAGGCAAAUGCUGAGAUGAACAGUGCAAUGCCGUUUGCUGUGGUAGGUAGCGGAGAUUUCGUGAAGAAGGAGAAUGGUGUUCGUGUAAGAGCGCGCCGAUAUCCAUGGGGUAUAGUUGAAGUAGAAAAUGAGCAGCACUGCGAUUUCGUGAAGCUCAGAGAAGCGCUGAUUCGCACGAACGUUGACGCUCUAAGAGAGAAAACUCAUAAUGUUUUGUAUGAAAAUUAUCGACGUGAGCGUCUACGAAGCAUGCAUAUGGGAGAUGGUGACACAGGACCGAAAAUGGUGGAGAAAUUCACUUUGAAACAGAAAGAAUACAAUGACGAGUUUGCAGUUCGUGAGGUGAAGAUCCGAGAAGAUUUUCAGAGAAGUCUGGAACAGAAAGAAGCCGAACUGAGACAGAGGGAGGAAGCGGUACGAGAUGUGAUUAUGACCGGUUUUCGUGUCCUACUAACCGUUUUUGUUCAGCUGAAUGUGCGUUCUCGUGAAGUGGAAGAUCUGGCAGCACAAGAACUACGUCGUCUUGAUAUGGAAAUCCGCACUCUUCAGGAUGAGCGUACUCGCCUCCUGGCGAAGGUUGUAAAAAAAUUGAAAAAGUAA